UGUCCGGUCCGGUUUAUGCGAAUCGACAUAUCGACCCGAACCGAGUCCAGGACAAAGUCAGACCGGCCUUUCAUCUCUCAGUCUCUCUCGCCCAAAACAGAAGAACUGAAGAAGGAAAAGCCAGAUUUUUGUUGGUUUCUUCUUCUCCUCCUCCUUCUUCGUGACCCGCUUGCUACAGUUUGCUGUGCUUGAGCACGCCUGAUUUCGAUCACCACAACGUCCGUUUCACUUUGGGUAUCGUCUUGUCUUGGUCCCUGCCUCGCCACCAGUCCAUACUCAUAAAGAGAAUCAAGAAUUUCUGAAGUUUCAGAGAGAGAGAGAGAGAGGAAUGUCGAAGAUAUUUUCGAGGAUUGCUGGACUUUUCAGCAACCGGACUCUCGUCGGCAUGGAUAAAACUGGGAAUCGCUAUUUCACUCGGAAAGAAGAGAUCGAUGGGAUCGUGAAGGAGAAAAGGUGGGUGGUAUUCAAGGGCGAGCAGGAUCCUACAUCCGUUCCUGUUGAAUGGAUUUGUUGGCUGAAUGGACAGCGUAAGAUAGCUCCGACUCCAGAGGAAAUGGUGGAGCUUGAAGCUAGGCGUGAGCGGAUUAGACUUAAUGUCGCCAGGUUGAAAGAGGAAGAAGGAAAGAAAUUAAAAGAAGGCAGUAUCCGCAAAAGCAUGAGCUCUGUAGGUAAAGUUGGAGGUCCAGACUUGGGAAGUUUUAUUCGGCAGUUUCCAUCCUCUGCAGAAGGCGACAAGGUUGAGGAGACAUCGGACAAAACAGACAGCUUGAGACAAACUAAAGAAACACCAAAAGAAGAAGAAGAGAAGCCAGUCGCAGAGUCAACAGAGCCCACAGGAUCCGGUGCAUCGUUCAAACCGGGGACGUGGCAACCGCCGACUUGAUACUAUUCCUCCUGGUUUACACAAGGUUGGAUACUACAAUUCUUGGAGUCGAGUUCCUGCUUCUUUGGCGAGAUUCAUUGAUGAUAGUAGUGGGUAUGGCUCAAGAUGUGCUGACUCCGGAGUUCCUGUUCGAGAGAGAACCUUCAAGACCCCAAUGCCGAGUCUUGAUUUCGGGUUUCUUCUUGUUGUGCCAAAAUUUUACAUUUUGUAGGUUCUCACAAUUUUGGGCAUCUUCGGGAUCAUUGAGAUUGUUGCACACUGUAUCACAAAACUGCAUUACAUGCACACUGAAAAAUAAAGAGGCCAAGUGAAGGUGUCAAGAGAUAUUUUUAUGGAAAUAUUUUGUCUUUCUUCUGGAACGGAUGUUCACUUGACAAUUUGCAAAGAUUGAGUCAAAAUCUCCAUUAGACU